AUGAAACAAUUCAAGUUAUCUGAAAUUCCGAACAUCAAAUUACUAACGUGCACCAAUGCCGUUAGUAACAAAGAUCACCUAAAUGCAUUAAAUACACAUUCGUCUUAUGUGUCUUUUAACGAUAUUUUGUUGUAUAUCCACGAUUUAACAUUUGAAACUGGGAUGAAAGUAGCAAAUGAGAAUACCAUCGGCAACAUUUGUCAUGAUUGCGUCAGCAGUCUGAAAAAAGCAAAAUUACCAAAAUUUUCUGCUGGAAACAAAAUGUGGAUCGGUGACGUGCCUGAUGAAUUGAAAGUAUUAUCAAUCGCCGAAUUAAAAUUAAUAUCAGUUUACCGUCAUAGUAGAUGUGUUGCUAAGUUUGUCACAAAAAAAUCACGUGAUCCUUCUACUCAACAGUCGAAAACACAAGGGAACGUGAUAACCUUUCCACAAGAUGUACCAGAAAUAGUCAGAAAGCUUCCACUAUCGUUAAAUGAUUUGUGUGACAGCAUUAAAAUAAUCUUCGUGGGUGAAAAUCCACCGGAGAAAAAGGAAUUCGCGGUGUUUAGGGUACGUAAACAGAAAGUACUGAGUGCAUUGAAAUGGCUCAAAAAAUACAAUCCAUUUUACGAAGAUGUUAAUAUUGAUAUGGAUAAUGUCGGUCAAUUACCUGAAGAUGAUGUACCUGUAUCACUAUUACAAACAAUGCAUGUAACAACAGACGUCCAAGCAGCAACUACAGAGCGAUCUAGUUAUGUGCCGGAUCUUCCAAGUGCCACUUCUGAUGACGAUGAGGAAGAUGAUUCAGUACCUUUAUUGGGUAGCGGAGUAGUGGAUACGGAUGGUACAAAUGUGAGUGCCAAAGAUAUCAAUGAUCAUAUCUUAAAAUUAACAUCGAAGUUCAACAAACAGUCAUUAAAUGAUCCACAAACAUGUACCGCAAAUAACGAAUAUUAUAUUCGUCGCGGAUCAAAACCUGUGAACGAAUACUAUAACCCCAAUUUAUUAAUGGGAUUAUUUCCCACUUUGUUUCCAUAUGGAAGUGGUGCAGUUGAGGACGAUACACGUCCUGUUAAAGUUGCUUUUAAGCGACACAUCCAGUACUUAUUGACUUACCAGGACAGACGUUUUGAACGACAUUAUUCAUUUAUGUUCGUUGCGUUCAAUAUACUACAGAAACGUAACGCAUGUUUUCAAGCACGUCUGCUAGUUUCACGACCAUAUUUCCGACAGAAUGCUGUGCAAUUACAAACUUUAACAGCAGCAGAAAUUCAAUCGGCUUUAGCUUGUAUUAGCCAAAAUAAAUACAGCGCAAAAGAGAAUCCCCGUCUGAAUAUGUUGUUAAAUCAUAUAAAAACUGUUGGUAGUCAUGUUAUGGGUUCAUGUCAAUCACGUGGCUCUCUUCGAAAUGAAAUUCAUGGACUUAUUUAUCAUAGUGGAUUACCCGAUAUUUUUAUAACAAUUAAUCCGGCAGAUAUUCACAGUCCGGUUGCAAUGUAUUUCGCCGGAGUCAAUUUGGAUUUGGAUAAAAUUCUCGAUGACAACUAUCCACAAUCGUCAUAUAAACGCGCACAGAUUUGUGCCAAGAAUCCGGUAGCAAUAGCUCGGUUCUUUCACAAACUUAUUAGUACUAUUAUUGAAACAACAAUAAAAGGUGGUGCUUUAGGACCUGUCAUAACGUAUUACGGAACGAUUGAAAAUCAAGGGCGUGGCUCAUUGCAUAUACACAUGCUGGUUUGGUUAGACCAUGACUUGACACCUGCGUUGAUGAGGGAAAAAGUCAAUGAUGUCGCCUUUCGACAAGGUUUAAUUGAAUAUUUAGAAGAUAUUAUUAAAGAAGAUUUUGAUGACUUUAAAAAACUAGAUAGUAGCAGCGAAGAAUCAAUCGAAUAA